AGAACUUUGGUUUAAUUUAAUCAAUAGCUUCCAUUUCUCUGAUGUUUUAUCUCCUACAGGACAUGGACUUUUGGCACGUCUUACCAAAUUUUCAAUCGCAGAUUAUAUCAGAUCCUAGAGAAUCUGAGUGGGAUACCAGUGAUUCAAAUGCUGAAGAUAAUCCACUGCAUAAAUACCCAGAUGAGGUGUCGUCGUCAGAAGAAGAAACUGAGGAAGAGGAAGACGAAGACGACGAGGAUGAAGAUGAGGAUGAGGAUGAGGAUGGUGUGACCUGUGUCAAUGGCUUCAGAGAACUUGACGAGUUCCGUAAAACCAAGACUCUCCACAGUUCUGAAGACGAGUACUCGUAUGAAGACGGAGAUGAAGAAGAGACAUUAGCUGAUGAUGAUGAGGAUGACGAUUAGCUGAGGCAUUGCUUCAACAAGAGCACCCUAUCAACAUGUUCAGAUGGAAAUUUGAGGUUUGGGUCUAUCAACUAUUUGUAAAUAUUGUCAACUGAAUAGAAUUUCAGUUCUUAGACUCAGGCUUUUAUAGUAAGUAGUGUAAGAACCAAAAACAUAUGACUAAACUCGAAAAUUACCCA